AAUAAUCUGCUCGAGGAGACUCCUAAAGCACCACAAUCACUUGUGUUUGUUUUACUUUUCAUACCCCAAAAUUGCCACCUUUGGCGCUUCUUGGCUCUCCUGAAUCUUUCCUUCUCUCUCCAUAUUUUUUCCUCUCUUUCAUUUCAACUUUCGAACCCAAUCCCCCUCUACCCCUAGGAUUGGGAAGUACUUUGAGAAAGACGUAGGAAAGUAAACCUGCAGCUUUUGAGGACUGAUUCACAGACUAAAGGGGGUUAUGGAUGAAGAUAGAAUUGGGCUGGUUUUGGUCAGAGUUGCUGAACUGAGGGGUAAAAUUACUAAUUGUGUCCAUAAAGCAGCGACCAGUGGCAAGAAGGAAGAUGGAGAAAGCCUAAGUAAAGACUCUAAAGUAGGCCUUGAUGCUCAAGAACGGGAAGCAGAAGAAGAUGACGAUGAAGAAGCAGCAGAGAGUCUUCUGAAUAUUAGGGAAGCCCUUGAAUCACUUGAGGCCCAGCUUUCUUCUUUGCAGGCUUUACAACAGCAGCAAUUGUACGAGAAAGAAGCAGCCUUAGCGGAAAUUAGAUACAGUCAAAGAAAAUUGCUUGAGAAGUUGAAGGACUACAGAGGGGAAGAAUUGGAAGUCAUUCGUGAGGCAAUUGCUUUUGCUGGUGAAGCCGUAGAAGAUAACAAUGACCUUCUCCUCCCACCAUAUCCAAGCCGGCCUUUGCAUUCUGUGAUGUCUGAUAAUGACUAUUUAUCACAAUUUCCUAGUGCACGUAAGAAAACCCAAAAUGGGGUUGUAAGUGGUGAAACUAAGAAUGCACCUGCAAAAGGUUUCCUUGAAUCAGACACAGACCAACUCCAGCCUGAACCUGGAAGACCAUUGUCCAGGGUAAAAGGUUUCAUCGGUGCAGUAGCAAAGUCAGCGUUAACUAUCGUUGGGGUAUUCUCUGUUCUCAGUUUGGCUGGCUAUGAGCCUCGGUUAAGGAAAAGUGAUAAACAGUUCAAGUUGCUUCACCUCUUUCAGCAACAUCAAUCUGGUGAUGGUGGAAUAACUGUUGAAUGUCCGCCUGGUAAAGUACCGGUCCUUGAAAAUGGUGAAACACGCUGCCUUGUAAAAGAACGAGUUGAAAUUCCAUUUGAAUCUGGGGUAGCCACCCCAGAUGUCAAUUACGGGUGUGGAUGCUCUCACGCAGCAGAAGUCAAGGUGAGGAGGAGUGGGAGACCAGACCACCAUCAAAUUCAAAACAAUGUUCAGUUGCCACCAAAAAACAAUGUGCUGUUCGAGUUGUUUGGUAGUACGGGCAGGAUUGAGCCGCCUCUGAAGAUGGCCAUUCGCCCCCACCAAUGGUCUCCAAACAAAAUGAGUCUUCAAGGAGGAGGGGAAAAUUGUGGGUCUUCGGCAGGAAGAGUGUUUACGGAAGAGCAGGAAGCCCUGGUGGUGAAGUCAUGGAACUCCAUGAAGAAGAACUCGGGAGAAUGGGGUCUCAAAUUCUUUCUCAAGAUAUUUGAGAUUGCACCGUCCGCUAAGAAAUUGUUCUCAUUUCUUAAAGAACCGAACGCUCCAUUGGAACAGAACCCCAAGCUCAAGACCCAUGCCAAGACUGUCUUCGUCAUGACGUGUGAAGCUGCGGUUCAACUCCGGAAAGCUGGGAAAGUUGUGGUGCGGGAAUCAAGUCUCAAGAAAUUGGGUGCCACGCAUUUCAAAUACGGAGUCGUGGAUGAACAUUUUGAGGUGACCAAAUUUGCACUGUUGGAGACAAUCAAAGAAGCAGUUCCAGAAAUGUGGUCCACAGAGAUGAAAAAUGCAUGGGGUGAGGCCUAUGAACAAUUGGUCGCUGCCAUCAAGACCGAAAUGAAGCCCUAAACAUCAAAAUCAUUGGGGGUGCGCUCCCAAUAUUUCUAUCCGAAGUUUUCUGUUGCUCUUGUCAGAUUGAAUUGUCAUGUUUCAAUAAACCAUAAAUAGAUUGUACAAUUUGAAGCUGUUUCAUAGAACGGAGCUUGAAGACAUUGCACA